AUGCUCUCCCUGUACCUGAUGUCCUGUGUCGCGGCGCUCUGCGCUGCUCAGACCCAGACAGCGCCGGGACCACCACCUGGAGGGAGCGGGGUCUCGCCUCCCCGGGGCUGCCCGGCCACCCAGGGCGAGCCGGACACCCAGACGGCUGUGCCGACCGACCGGGGGCCAGUGCCCGAGUUCGAGGUGGUUAAAUGGCAAUGGCAUCACGUGCAAGGACCUUACCUGGUGGCUGUGUGGAUCCUGAUAGCCAGUCUGGCCAAGAUCUUGUUCCAUCUCUCGAGCAAGGUGACCACGGUGGUGCCCGAGAGCUGUCUGCUCAUCUUCCUGGGUUUAGGCCUCGGAGGCAUUGUUCUCGCAGCUGCCAAGAAGCCCGAGUACCAGCUGGACCCAGACACCUUCUUCCUCUUCCUCCUGCCACCCAUCGUGCUGGAUUCCGGGUACUUCAUGCCCAGCAGGCUCUUCUUCGACAACUUUGGUACCAUUCUGAUGUACGCAGCAGUCGGGACCCUCUGGAAUUCCUUUACAACGGGAACCGCACUUUGGUGCGUCAGGUUGGCUGGAUUGAUGGACCCUAAAGUUGAUGCUGACCUGCUUGAUUUCCUGCUAUUUGGGAGCCUGAUAUCUGCUGUGGACCCAGUGGCAGUGAUAGCCGUGUUUGAGGAAGUCCACGUCAACGAAACACUGUUCAUCAUCGUGUUCGGAGAGUCUCUCCUUAAUGACGCAGUCACUGUUGUACUUUACAAAGUGUUCAAUUCUUUUGUGACAAUCGGCUCAGAAAACAUACAGGCUUUGGAUUACGUCAGGGGUGUAGCCUCCUUCUUUGUGGUGAGUUUGGGUGGCACAGCUGUGGGAAUCAUCUUCGCCUUUGUGCUGGCCCUUAUCAGCCGCUUCACCAAGCGGGUGCGAAUUAUUGAGCCGCUCUUCGUCUUCCUGAUUGUUUACCUGGCCUACCUGACCGCUGAGAUGGUCUCUCUUUCCUCCAUCCUAGCUGUGACAUUCUGCGGGCUGUGUUGCAAGAAGUACGUGGAGGCCAACAUAUCGCAGAAGUCCCGCACCACUGUCAAGUACACCAUGAAGACUUUAGCCAGCAGCUCGGAGACCAUCAUCUUCAUGCUGUUGGGAAUCUCCGCUGUGGACACUUCAAUAUGGACAUGGGACAGUGGUCUGGUGCUCUUCACACUUCUUUUCACCUUUGUCUUCAGGGCAUUAGGGGUAAUGAUGCAGAGCUGGGUGUUGAAUCACUUCCGGCUGGUGCCACUGGACAGGAUUGACCAGGUGGUGAUGACCUAUGGAGGCUUGCGAGGGGCCGUGGCCUUUGCCCUGGUGAUAUUACUGAACGAUGAAAUUGUCAAGGCAAAGGACUACUUUGUUGCGACGACCAUCACCGUUGUAUUUUUCACAGUGAUCAUUCAGGGUUUGACCAUAAAACCUUUGGUGAAGUGGCUGAAGGUUAAACGCAGUGAUCACCAUAAGCCGACGCUCAAUGAGGAGCUGCACGAACGUGCCUUUGACCACAUCCUGGCAGCUGUGGAAGACAUUGUGGGCCACCACGGUUACCAUUAUUGGAGAGACAAAUGGGAACACUUUGACAAGAAGUAUCUCAGUCAAUUGUUGAUGCGCAAGUCAGCCUAUAGGAUCAAAGACGAGAUUUGGGACGUCUAUCACAAGCUCAAUGUCCGGGACGCGAUCAGCUUCGCUGACCAGGGAGGCCACAUGUCAUCAGGGAAAUUCUCAUUUGUAUCUAUGCCAAGUCGAACAUCCUUCUCUGAAACCUCUGUUACCAAUCUCCUGAGGGAGAGUGGCAGCGCUGUGUGCCUGGAUUUACAAGUGAUCGACACUGUAAGAAGCGGAAAAGACCGUGAGGACACAGUGAUGCAUCACGUGCUGAGAGAGAAUCUAUACAAGCCAAGGCGGAGGUACCAAGGUAAUUACAGCCGCCACUUCAUAGUUAAAGGCGAACAAGAAAGACAAGAAAGAGAGGUUUUCCAACGCAACAUGAGAAGCCGUCUCGAGUCAUUCAAAUCCACUAAACAUAAUGUAUAUUCAUCGAAGAACAAAUGCAGACAUAAGAAGGAACACAAGUGCCAGAAAAAGAGAAAUAUUGAAGACAUAAACGGUCAAGUACCUGACAAUAAGUUGCAGAGAAGUGUAAACUGGCAUGAGGCAGUUCCGGUUUUUGUAGAGUACGACUCAGAGGAUGAAGCCCAGGACACUCCUGCAACAGAGCGAGAACAGGAGGCGGACGAAGGCAUCACUUUCAUGGCACAAACAGGCGACCUUUGUAACCAAAGAAAGAUUUCAGGUAAUUUUGAAAAUCCUCAAAGCCCUUGCAUCAUCCAAUCAUCCCCUACAGCUGCUGAAAAGCAGCUUCCUUGGAAAGGAGAUCAGGGUGACCUACCGGCAUGCGUUUCAUUGGAAGCCACCAAGAUUGUGCCAGUUGACUUGCAGCAGGCCUGGAAUCAAAGUAUAUCAUCCUUAGAGAGUCCGGUCUCGUCUCCAGUACCCGACUCCGUGUUUCAGGCAAAGACCUUCAACAUCACCCUGGAGGAACGAGCUUGUUCAGGUGUCCUGCCAGUGGCACAGCAAUGUGUCCAUUUCCAGUUUCCUGAUCCCUUCCUGGCCAGCGAAAGAAGUGCUGAUGAGGACACAGAGCAGUCUAUUCAGCGGCAGGAGCUACAGCCCCUUAUGUCUACCGAAAAUGACAGUAGACUUGUGCCACCUGCUGGGUUUGUAAGUUCUAGGUGGCCAGUAACAUUCCACAGACCCUCUUAUGUCUCUGCUCUAAAGAGUUUGGUUACUUCCUCGCCAUACAAUACGAGACAAUCAGAGAAGUCCACUAGUCCACAGACUGACCUUUAAUUUAAUUUCAGUUGAAAUUUUCCAGGAGCUAAGUUAGACCCGUAACUUUUUAAUGCUGUGAAGUGUUUUGAUUUUGAAUGUUAUAAAAAUAUUGGAGGAUCUUUUAAAAGAGAUGGCGUGUUUUGUGAGCAAGCUUGUUUACAACUUAAAAAUAAGUGGGGAACAUGAACACAGCAUUCUCUUGUACUGAUUUCAAUCUUCUCAAAAUUCCCCAUCUUGCUGCUUAUGGAAAAGAGCAAGGAAUGAGAUUAGAGUAACUAGCUCUCGUAAUGGGACGAAUGGUCUGCUUCUGUGCUUUAAUGUUUUAAAUUGAUUUUUAUUAAGCAGAUCUGAUUGUCUGAUCAUAUCAGCGCUCUGAUUUGAGUGUCUGAUGUGCCAGGCACGCUUGGAAUGUCAAACCCUGCGUUUCCCAGUGUGUGGAAUGAUUUAGUUUUCAUCGAGAGAAACACAGAGAGAGAGAGGAAUGAGAGCAAACAAGAAACAUGGUCCAGCAUUAGGCAUUGAAGUCUCUAGCUUUUCCAUUUCAAUCACCGGAAAGGGGGUUGCAUUCAAGAUAAACCUUCUGAGGGGAAAAGCUUAAAACUUAAGGUUGAAUUUAAUUGUCUUCUCACAUUUCAUACUUAGCUAUUGAUGUACAGUACUUGAGCAAUGUUGUUUUUAAUGAAUUGCAUGAAGCUAUUUAUGUCUAGACAUUGAUGUGAUUUUAUCAUUUUACAUUUUAAAAGUGUAAUCUUUGAAAACUCGGAACGGCAGAUCUAAAUACUGCUUACACAUUUUUAAUAACAAUUGCACGUUUUGGAAGGAGUUUAUAUUAAUUAUGAAAUAUGUGAAAUGUUUACGGUUAUCUAACGUAUACUUAUCGAUCACAGCCAUCCUUUGGAUUUUGCUGAUAAUGUUUUUACCUCACUCUUUAUAGUGCAUUGGACAUCUCAUACCAAAACCAAUUUUAAUCACAAAAAAUAUAAGAAGCAUUAGAGUAACAUUGAACUUGAGUCGAGAUUUACUUUAUUAAUGUAGCAUUUCAGA